GUCUGCUCAAUUAUCUCCUCUCAAUCACACACCUCUCUCUCUCUAAGAAACCUCUCUCUUCCCCCAUUAUUUCCUGUCAGUCUAACCCAAAUCUCAAUUGCCCAUCUACUCUCUCUCUCUGAAAAAACCUCAGAUAUAAUUAUGGCGAGAACAGGAACAGAGGCGUUUGUGGAUCUCGGAAAGCACUGCUCAUGGGCCGAAUGCAACCAGCUCGACUUCCUCCCAUUCACUUGUGACGGGUGCCGCCGUGAUUUCUGUGCAGAACACCGAUCGUACGAGUCCCAUGACUGUUCCAAAGCCCACCCCAAGAACCGAGUGGUGAUCCUCUGCGACCUCUGCUCAGCUUCCAUGGAGACCGCUGAGGAUUUGGAGAAGCAUCAAGAGAAUUCUCGAGAGUGCGAGGAGAACAGGAAGCAAAAGCAGAAGAAGAGGUGUUCGGUUGGUGGGUGCCGCGAGAUUCUGACCUUCUCGAACACCAUUGCCUGCAAAUCCUGUGGCAUGAAGACGUGUUUGAAGCACCGGUUCCCCCGUGACCAUGCCUGUGGGGCCUGUGCCGUGGCCGCCGCAGCUACCUCGAGGGUUCGGGUUGACAAGGGUCAGGCUCUAAGAGUCCAUUGAUGAAUGCGGAACCCUUCUCUCGCUUCCCCACUGCAAAGGCGCGCCGCAAUCAAUGAGACAAAGAACUCAUGUAUCUAAUUGGAUUUUUCGUUAAUGUUUUUGAAGAGAUGUUUCAUAUUUGUAUGUCAGUCAAAGCAAUGGUUGUUGAUUUGGAAAAAGGCUGAGCAGGUUGGAUGGACGAUCUGUCCCAUGAAAUCGAGGGGCCAAUGGUUCAAUUUAUCCGGGUUGCCGAUUCGACCGAUCCAAUACGUGUAAGACCCAUAUGGAUACUAAUAAUGUUUGGAAAAAGGUUGAUCGGGUGGGUGGACGAUCUAGCUCCCCUCGAGAAGCCAAUCGAUCUAAACCGAUGAAACCUGCAUGGGUUGAAUUGUUGAUUUUAAUUUUAUUCCGCAUAUAUUGUGAUCAAUGUUUUAAAAAAAGACAAGGUCGGAUUCAAGAAUUGGUGGGCCCUCUCGAUUCCCU